UGUGUUCUGCUGUUUACCAUAAGCUGCAGUAAAAUGAGCUCAAGCAUUGACAGAGAUGACAGUAGUAUAUUUGAUGGAUUGGUGGAAGAAGAUGACAAGGACAAAGCAAAAAGAGUAUCUAGAAACAAAUCUGAAAAGAAGCGUAGAGAUCAGUUUAAUGUUCUCAUUAAGGAGCUGGGAUCCAUGCUUCCUGGGAAUGCUAGAAAGAUGGACAAGUCCACUGUUCUGCAAAAAAGCAUUGAUUUUUUACGGAAACACAAAGAAAUCACUGCGCAGUCAGACGCUAGUGAGAUUCGACAGGACUGGAAACCUGCAUUCCUUAGCAAUGAAGAGUUUACGCAGCUCAUGUUAGAGGCUCUUGAUGGUUUUUUUUUAGCAAUCAUGACAGAUGGAAGCAUAAUAUAUGUGUCUGAGAGUGUAACUUCAUUGCUUGAACAUUUACCAUCUGAUCUUGUGGAUCAAAGCAUAUUUAAUUUUAUGCCAGAGGGGGAACAUUCAGAGGUUUAUAAAAUACUCUCUACCCAUCUGCUGGAAAGUGAUUCAUUAACCCCUGAAUACUUAAAAUCAAAAAAUCAGUUAGAAUUCUGUUGUCAUAUGCUUCGAGGAACAAUAGACCCCAAGGAGCCAUCUACCUAUGAGUAUGUGAGAUUCAUAGGAAACUUCAAAUCAUUAAGUAGUGUGUCCACCUCAGCACACAAUGGCCUUGAAGGAACUAUACAGCACACACAUCGGCCUUCCUAUGAGGAGAGAAUUUGUUUCGUAGCUACCGUGAGGCUGGCUACCCCACAGUUCAUCAAGGAAAUGUGCACUGUUGAAGAACCCAAUGAAGAAUUCACAUCCAGGCAUAGUUUAGAAUGGAAAUUCCUCUUUCUAGAUCACAGGGCACCGCCCAUAAUCGGAUACCUGCCCUUUGAAGUUUUGGGAACAUCAGGCUAUGAUUACUAUCACGUGGACGACCUAGAAAACUUGGCGAAAUGUCACGAGCACUUAAUGCAGUAUGGGAAAGGCAAAUCAUGUUAUUACAGGUUCCUGACCAAAGGGCAGCAGUGGAUUUGGCUGCAAACUCAUUAUUAUAUCACUUACCACCAGUGGAAUUCAAGGCCAGAGUUUAUUGUUUGUACUCACACUGUAGUAAGUUACGCAGAAGUUAGGGCUGAGAGAAGACGAGAACUUGGCAUUGAAGAAUCUCUGCCAGAGACAGCUGCUGACAAAAGCCAAGAUUCUGGUUCCGAUAACCGUAUAAACACGGUCAGUCUCAAGGAGGCACUGGAAAGGUUUGACCACAGCCCGACCCCUUCUGCUUCCUCCCGGAGUUCAAGAAAAUCAUCGCACACGGCUGUUUCAGACCCUUCCUCAACCCCAACGAAGAUCCCCGCAGGCGGCAGCACUCCUCCCCGGCAGCGUGUGCCAGGCCACGAGAAGGCGGCCCGGGGCAGGCCGUCCUUCAGCAGCCAGUCCAUGAAUUCUCAGUCUAUUGGUCCGUCAUUAACACAGCCAGUGAUGUGUCAGCCUGCACACCUAGCAGUUCCACAAGGCAUGUCCCAGUUUCAGUUUUCAGCUCAACUAGGGGCCAUGCAGCAUCUGAAAGACCAGUUGGAGCAAAGGACACGGAUAAUAGAGGCAAAUAUUCAUCGGCAACAGGAAGAACUAAGAAAAAUCCAAGAACAGCUUCAACUCGUCCAUGGCCAAGGGCUACAGAUGUUUUUGCAACAGUCAAACCCUGGGUUGAAUUUGGGGUCUGUUCAACUUCCUUCUGGAACUUCACCAAGCGUCCAGCAACUGGCACCUGUGAAUAUGCAAGGCCCGGUUGUUCCUGCUGGCCAGACUCAGAGUGGGAUGACUCCUGGGCACACUGGCACAAGUCAGCACCUACUAGCGCAGCCGACUUUGCAAAAUACAUCAGGACAGAGUCAACCCGGUGUGCUGAGCGGGCACAGUCAGCAGGCCUCUCUCCCCAGUCAGACACAGAGCACUCUGCCAGCCCCGCUCUACAACACCAUGGUGAUUUCUCAGCCAGCGGCCGGGAGCGUGGUCCAGAUCCCGUCAAGCGUGCCGCAGAGCAGUGCCCGGAGUGCCACAGUCAGCACCGUCACUCAGGACAGGCAGAUCAGGUUUUCUCAAGGUCAACAACUUGUGACCAAAUUGGUGACUGCCCCAGUGGCAUGUGGAGCGGUCAUGGUGCCCAGUACCAUGCUCAUGGGGCAGGUGGUGACUGCAUACCCCGCCCUGGCUGCCCAGCAGCAGCCGCCCCAGGCGCUGUCCGCGCUGCAGACACAGCCGCCGCCUCCAGGCUCCCAGGAGCAGCCGCUCCCGGCCGUCCAGCAGGCGUCUCCAGCACAGCUCACGCAGCCCCCGCAGCUCCCGCAGCCCCCGCAGCCAUUCCUCCAGACUUCCAGGUUGCUCCAUGGGAGCCCGUCAGCUCAGCUCAUCCUCUCGGCCGCAUUUCCACUGCAGCCCAGCACUUUCCCGCCGGCGCAUCACCAGCAACACCAGUCGCAGCAGCAGCUGGGACGGCACAGGACCGACAGCUUGAGUGACCCCUCCAAGGCCCAGCCCCAGUAGCACACCUGCGUCCUCUGACAUGACGGUGAGGGAAGGGGUGUGGCCCACAGUCGCUUCAUGACCUGUGGACCAGGUCUACAGGUGCAGUACUGGGGUUGUAGCUCCUGCGCUCCUGGCACUGCAGAUGCGCCUGAAACACCAGCCACUGGGGGGCCCAGAGGCAGAGCCAAGCCUGACAGUGUUUCAGCUGCCCAGAAAUCUUGAUGGAAAAAGAGUAUAUUGCCAAAUGAUAAGAAGCUCAUCGAUGAAACGGCCCAGUCCAUCAGAAAGAUACGUGCCACGCCAGUGACUGAGCGGCUCUGUGCCCAUCAGCCAGAGCCACGGAGCACUGCGGCUGCCACCGUGAGGGUAGUCUGGAGGACAAGGGGCCGCCUGGCCCUUCUCCCUUCUCAGAGAAUGAUGGGCCAGUAAUUGGUUUCAGAAUGUAGUGUGAUGAAUUCUCUCUGUACAGAUGCUGUAAAAUUAUGUGUAUGUCUGGAUAAAAGGAGAGAAUGCAGAA